UGGCGGCGGCGUGGGGAAGAUGGCGGUGGGCUCUGGGGCGAAGCUGGGUUUGGUGCUGUGUGGUGCCUGGUCAGCCGGCCUGUCCCGCUGGCCCUGUCCCAAGUGCUCCCCUGGAGCCUUUAGCGUAACCCUGGUAAUAACACUGAUGAACAUUUCUGGGCUUAGCCAGGGCAGGCCGCCCCUCAAGUGCUCUGCAGGCCCCAGUGUGGUGGCCCACCUCCGGUUGGGCCUCUCUUGGUAUUUAGCUGAGAUAAUUAUUUCAUAAUUAUCAUUAUUUUCAUGGGUGAACUAGUGUGAGUUUUUCUCAUCUGUCACUCUCUCUGCUGCCCCCUCAUUGCUGACAGAGGGCCGGGAGCUCAUUAUGGCUUUCCCUGCUGCGUGAAGAGAUACCAGUUAUCAGGAGAGCACCAGACAGGACUGUCCCAGGGAGCCAGAGAGGAAUCUGUGGUGCUGUGGAGAGGACUUUGCAUUUGGAUGCUGAGGAAAUGGUGUAUCCAGAGGGAUGCUGGGGUUUUCCAUCAGGCAGGAAUGUAGCGGGUGCUGAUGUAUUUCUUGGCACGGUAACUCCAUGGCUUUGGGAGCUGAAGAGCAAAUUGAAGGAAAAAGAUGAGUAGAAGAGAUUUCCUUUGGAUUUGUGCUUGAAAUGGGUGUGAAUUAUACUUAUUUCACUGUCCUGCUAUUUUAGAAGGAGGAAUCAAUUGACUCUGGCUGUGUUAGCUAGGUGCCCCUGGGGAUCAGCUGUCUCUUGCAGGAAAUUGUUUCAUUGUCUAAUAUGCCUGUUUCUAUGGAUCAGUUCCUUGCUUGAAGCCCCAGGAAUUGGCAGGGAGGUACCCAGCCAGCAGUGAUGCUGGGGUUUCAGGAUACAGGGAAGCAGGUGCUGACCCCUCGGCUCUGGCACAACAAGCAUCAAGAGCAGGCAGGUGGAGCUGCCUUUCAGGGAUGUGGGGAUGGAUGAGCUCCGCUGCCUUUCUCUGCUGUCUUGUGCUAAAGGCUGUGGGAAGUGUCUGGGCUUAUAUUUAUGGCUAGCUCGACAAGCCGGUGGGUUGUACUGGGAUCAGUCACCUGUGAUAUGGACUGGACCCUCACCAUCACCCUGCCGUCUCUAAUGUGCUCUUCCUGAGAAGUUCAAUGAUGAUGGAAGGGAAACGGGGACUUUGAAAGAGGUGGGGACGUGGCCUGUGACAUCCUGCUAACCCCACUCCCUUCGGUGGGUCUGGGUUUUAAGUAGAGUCCCAAUGCAAGCUGAAGUUGGCAGGAAUCUUUUUUUUCCCCCAGAGUGUGUUUGUUCCAGGCCCCUGUUUGCUCCUGUGAACAGUUAUUCCAUUUUUCUUUCUUUGUUCUGGUGCUCAGCACUGCAAAAAAGGGUCUGUGGAGACUUCUGCCAUCUCUAAAAGGAGUCCGAUAGAGCAGCUACAGGAGCUACAAUGAAUAUGUAUUAUUGCAAAUAUUGAAGAAGCCAAUGUCCCCCUUCUUAAGAGAUGUUAUUUCUCAUUCUUUGAACCAGUCUGUCGGCAAUGGAGGCCAGAUAAUCCACUUCUGGAAUCUAUCUCGCCUUGUGUUGUUACAUAUUUAUAACAUCAUGGAAAGAACAGGAUUUGUUACUGCUCUGAAGUACCACUGAAUGCCCCUGCAGAGAGGGCUCUGGGGAAGUGGGUUUUGGGGCUCAGAAGACAAUUUUUUUUUCAUUUUGCUAUGACUUUUAAUUUAUUCCUUCCUGCCACUUUCUCUGGCCACAGGUCUGUGAUACCAUGUAAAGCAGUCAGUGUUCAUACACUGAACCCAGCAUCUCUUGUCCUUUCUUCUGGUGCUGGUGCAGGGCUGAGCAGUGACUUCUCUAUGCUCUUCCAUGGCUUGACCAUCCUAGACAUCAUUUUCCAUGUCUGUUUUGCAGGUUUUCGAGCUCUGGCAAAGAGCUCUUGCUGUGACUUCUGUACCUGUAAUGCAGUUUUCCUUCCUUCCCCCCACCUCCAACCCAACCCAGUACUUGCUCUGGCUGGUGUUUAAUGGUUUGCCGGAAGAUGCAGCAUAUCUGGUGCUGCUCUGCCUGCUCAGCUGCAGACAGUGUCCCAUCUCAGCCCUGACCCAGUGAAGAGAGCAGCAAUGCUCAAGGACCUCCCAGUGCUUGUUGGUAACACUGGCCUUGGGGUAGCCAUGGCUAGCCCGAGCCACUGCUGGGCUUUCCUUCACUGGUACAGAUGCGUAACCAAACCAGAGAGCUCAGAGGAGCACUUGUGACACGGAGGGUGGAAUGGGGAACCAGAGGGAAUGCUCCAAGGGUGCAGUUCUUGCUGGAGGAGUGAAUCGGGGGGGGGGGGGGGGGGGGGGGGUUGUGUUGAGCUGCCAACAGCUGACUAUUGAAAAGCGUGACGCUGAUCGGGGUACAAGACCUUUUGUGCUUUUUUGCAUAAAUGUUUAACAGCAAAUAAUGAAUCUACCUGCAUGUCAUAUCUGUUUCUCCUCCUACUGAACAGCUUGAGCUAGGAUACCUGAAUGAAGAGGUUCACCAGUGAUAAUGCACUGCCAGCACCAUUGGUUUUGAUGGACAGAGGAUGUCUGCAUUAACCAGAGAUAUUCUUGGUGUUUAUGGUGUGGACAACGGGAAAAGGCUGAGAAGUCCUUUUGGGUCACGCAGAUAAAAUUUUGGUGGCUUUCCUUCUCAGCCUUGGUGCAUAGACCCCAAUGGGCAGAGGGAAAACUUCUGAGGAAGAAAUCUGGCAAGUCUCCUGCCCUUGAGAUGGCUGGCUGUCCUCCUUUCACCCCAGGGGUCCUGAGGAGAGCAGAAGAUGACAUACCAUAAGAUGUUCUGGAAGGACAGAUCUCUUCAUGGUUGAAUUAGGAUUGCUGGGAAAUGAUGUCAAACAGCAGGACUGGGACUGAAGGGGCAGCAUGAACAUCCUGGGCUUUUUCCUGUGCAAGAGGACAGGGCUGAACAGUGUGAAGAUGCUAGAUGGAUGGGGGAAGAAAGUGUUUGGAACAGUUUUUGUCCUAGGACAGAACAUGCCUUGGCUGUCAGUAGCUCAAGGUGCCAAUCCUGAUCCCCUUUCACAGCAGUCCAAAACACUGGGCUGUGUCAAGUCAAAACAAGCGCUGCAACAAGAUAAAUAGAUGAACAUGCUGUAUUUGCUGCACUGAAUUAACAUAAAAUGUGUAUGUGAAGGGCUAAGUGCAUUUAUUGGGGUGGGAGCCAGCAGAGAGGAGCAAAGCUGAAUUUGCAAACACUCUUCUGUAGACUCCUGGGCUGUCCAGCCAGACGGUCUCAUGCUGAUUAACUGCUGUCCUUCCUUCAGCCUUUGAAAAUCAAUGCAUUAACAAUUAAAGUAAUGUCUAGUCUAGUAUUUAUUUCACACUCUCUCGUUGAUGGACUGUCCAAAAAAAAAAAAAAAAACCCACACCACUUUCUUCAAGCACCAAGAAGGCUGUACCUCUGGGUCAUGCUCUUUUUUUUUUUUUUUUUUUUUCUUGUUCCCUGUUAGAGCUGAGACCUGUGCUCAUGGAAGCAUUCAGGAAAAUUACCAUGCAUUACCAUACCAUGCCAUUACAUUCCUUGUAAAGAAGGUGCAGCUUCUGUGCUAAAUAUCCCUGUCAUCCAUCUAAGCAGAGCUGGAGCAGGAAGGGCUAGCCCUGAGUGUGUCUGCUGGGCCCAAGCUGUGGUGGGCUCUCUGUGGGCUCUGGAGAAAGGAGUAUUUGCUGCCUGAGAGCUCACUUUCUGUUUUUCCACCUCCUGGGCAACAGCAAUGUGCCCCCAAUUGGAUCUGACCUCUGUGUGUGGCUGCUGAUGUCCCCAACACAAACUGCUGGGAAAUGGCAUCUUCAGGGAGGUGCCAUAGGCAGCCGGGGGCACCGGACCAUGAGGCUGUGGCUCUCGGCAGCCAACGUGCUCCUGAUCUGGGAUCAAACUGGGUACGGACCCCCAAAACCUCUUUGCACCCUGUUUGGGGGUGACGCGCUCUGCAGCUCUUGGGCACUGAGUUUCUCAGAGUCGAUGUCCCAUGGUGGGAUUGGGAAUGUCAGGGACCCGUGGGCUCUGCGUGCAUCACCCCACCCGAAGGUAAUGAAUUUUCCACUGCAGCUUCCAGAGAUAAAUGUGCUGCUGUGAUCCAAAGUGCAGGAUGUCUUGGAUUACAAAAAUGACCUUUAGCGAAUGCCACUACAAGAAUAUGAAAUAAUAACAAUUUUCUCCCCCUAGUUCUCAGUACUCCUUGUAUUUUUGCCAGUUUCUAGGUCAAAUCCCCCAUCCUGCCGCUCCUGCGCUAGCACGGCGUUCAGGUUGCACAAUUGCAGGGGAGGGAGGAAUUUGCUUCCCAGUGCCCCACUCCAUCCCUGCUCCCCAGCAGUGGGAGCCCACCCCAGUGGGAGAAGCCAGGCAGCCGGGGCUGGCUCUGCCCAGCCGCCGUCCUCCCUCCCUCCCUCCCUCCUUCCCUCCCUCUCCCCCAUCCCUCCCUUUUCGUUAAAAACGUGGGCUCCGAGGUGCAGCCCCCCGCGCUGGCAGCAUCCCUGCUCGUGCGGAGCAGCCCCCCGCCCCGCUCCACCGGCCGCCGCCGGACCGGAGCCCCCGGCCGUGCCCGCAGCCCGGCUUUGCCCGUCCCCCCACCCCCACCCCCCCGGCCCGGGGUGCCCGGCCGCGGGGCAGGACCCCUGCCAGAGGGGAGACCCCCGCCGCAGGUCCUUGGCACAGGCUGGUGCUUCAGGAUGGACCCGCUCUUCCCUGCCCAUAUUUUGGAAGACCCUGACCUGAGAAAGCUGCUGAAUGACUCCUCCAUGCUGAACCUGAGCUUUCUCCCCAGUAACUGGUUCAACAACGGCACGGGGGACAGCUUCCUGCCGCUCAGCAUCAAGAUCACCAUCGUGGUUGUCUACUCCAUUGUGUGCAUUGUGGGGCUGGUGGGCAACUGCUCCGUCAUGUAUGUGAUCGUCAGAUUCACCAAGAUGAAGACAGCAACCAACAUUUACAUCUUUAACCUUGCUCUGGCUGAUACCUUGUGUCUGAUGACCUUACCCUUCCAGGGUACAGACACGUUCCUGGGCUUCUGGCCCUUUGGCAAUGUCCUCUGCAAGGUUGCCAUCUCCAUAGACUACUACAACAUGUUCACAAGCACCUUCACCCUGACGAUGAUGAGUGUGGACCGCUACAUUGCUAUCUGCCACCCUAUCAAAGCACUAGACAUCCGCACUCCCCACAAGGCCAAGGUGGUGAAUGUCUGCAUCUGGGCGCUGGCUUCUGUUUUUGGCAUCCCAGCGAUGGUGAUGGGAUCUGCAGAGAAUGAAAACAAUGAAAUUGAUUGCCUAAUUAAACUCCCUUCACCCGUGGAUUACUGGGAUCCAGUGUUUGGCAUCUGUGUCUUUCUCUUCUCCUUUAUGAUCCCCGUGUUGAUCAUCACCAUUUGCUACAGUCUCAUGAUCAGACGACUCAAGAAUGUCCGUGUCCUCUCGGGCUCCAAGGAGAAGGACCGAAACCUGAGGCGCAUCACCCGAAUGGUCCUGGUGGUGGUGGCAGUCUUCAUCAUUUGCUGGACUCCCAUCCAGAUUUUUGUGCUGGUCCAGUGCUUGGGUGCCAAGGCAGAAAGCGAGCUUGAGCUGGCCAUCUCCUGCUUCUGCACUGCGCUGGGGUAUGCCAACAGCAGCCUGAACCCUGUGCUCUAUGCCUUCUUAGAUGAGAACUUCAAGGCGUGCUUCAAGAAGUUCUGCUUCCCUACUGCCUUCAGGACCGAGCUCCAGAUGUCCAACAGGAUGUGCAGCAUCGCCAAGGAUGUGGCCUAUGCUUGCAAGAACUCGGAGGGGACUAACAAUCCGGCCUGACUAGGCAUGGAAAUUCCCAUGGUGGCUGUCGCCCAGCAGAGUCCAACCACCCCCACGUCAGAGCUAACUCAGAUAACGGCCCUUUAGCAGGACCUUAAAACUGAGAGGUGAGAAACUGAGGAAACAAUUUUGGGGGUUGGGAAAACUGGAUACUGCAAGAGCAUGCAAAAAAAGUGAGCCCAUUUGAUGCAUUUUUAAUUCCAGUGCAACCUGUCCUAAGGAACGUGUUUGAAAUCAGCCCUUUGAUUCCUGCGAAACCCUGGUGGUUUGCAACGUUACUGAGAAUUCGGGAGUUAAGGGUUUAAAACAGGCACUGCUCCUGGGACUUACAGUUUUGCUGCUGGCAGACAGAGAAAAUGCAAAUUAUUCUAUUUAUUUUUUCCUCCCUGAGUUGUUUAAGAUGCUAACAGCUCAUGUGGCUCACCAGGCACUCGCGUGCAGGUUUUAUUCCUGUGGCAUCGCUCUGAAAUUAGACUCUGCUGAAGCCAAAGUGGGCAGCAGCCAUCAGAUAAAAAUCCAGAUCAUCUCCAGGAUGAGUCAUCACGAAAGGAAGGAUGCGGGGAGGAUGAGGAGGGAGCUGGUGGAAAAGGAAAUCCAAACUGCCCCAUGGUUGGGAGCCUGGGGAGGACAACGUUGGCUCCUGCAGACGGGGUCUGUGGUAAACCCCUCCGCCUUGCGGGGGGAGCAGGGGGGUGGGAAGGGACUGUCAAAACUGAUGAAUGUAGCUCAGAAGAGGAAGUGGAAAAGAUGGACGAAAGGAACACCUAUCCUUGUUUACAUGCUGCUAUUGCUUUUCUUUUUAACCUUGUAUUUCCAUUGUAAUAAUGGACAGAAUGUGUCUCUAUAUACACAUCUCUAUAGUGCUAUAGGUAUAGCUAUACUGUAGGAUUUCAUCUUGCCAAGCAUGCCUUGGGGAUCUUCCUCGGUGAGAGGAGGAAGGAAAUGAAGUGGCCUAUAUAUACUUGUAUUUAUGUAUAGGGGAAAACUGUUCUGGAGAACAGCAGCUCCUCCAGAAGACACGGACAUUUCUGAUAGGAAGGGCAGCCUGAAACAGUCCCAUCUGCUCCACACGAGAUAAACAGUGCAAACAUCACAAAAGGCAUUUUCUGUUGUUUCGUUGAUUGUUUUUUUUUCCCAGUUUUUUGUUUUGGUUUUUUUUUUCUUUUUAAUGGAAUGAGAUCCAUGAUGCCAAGAGCACUGGGGAAAUGCUGCUGGGGUACCACCCCUCCUGCCAACCAUAGAUUGAUUUUCCUCUCCCAGUAGGCCAGAGCUCUGUGGAAAAUGAAAUGCCCUGCCAUUUCAUUUGAUAACAAAAGCAUUCCCAAGGAGUUUAACCACGGAGUGCCCUCCGUGCUGGCGGGGACAGCAGACUGGUAUUCUCCCUGUACCACAACAGCCCCGGGGAAUUGGGGCGGUGGUGGCCAGUGGUGCUGGUGGGGGAGCAAGGCGGCCACCUCCGUCUGGGGAUGGGAGGGCAACUCCGAUGCGAGAACUGGCAGCGUCGUCCGGACUGUACAGAUUCCAUGUGCAUAUAUUUCUUGUGCUCUGGUCUAUGAAAAUCUGUAUUUUUAAUGUAUUGAUUUGCCAAUAUUUUAAUGGUGUCAUGUUCUUUAUAUAUGCUGUAAAAAAGAAUUCAAUGUUAUAUUUCUAUGUAGAGUGUUUCCCUUAUGGUUGGGCUUAAAAUAUAGGUGCAAUUCCAGUGUCCUGCAUCUAGGACCCAGAUCCCUUGUAAACUGCUCAAGCUGGGGGCAUUUUUAUGCUGAUUAGCAUUUGCUUGGGAAUCUGGAGGGAUACCAGAGCAAACUUUGCCAUUACGUUUCCCCUGAAUAACAGAAGAGGAAGAGGAAAUCUCGGCACUUUAAGCACUUUGCAAUGGAUGUUUGUCCCCAAGCACUCACCAGGAAAUCUCACACAACCCCCAAGCAUGCUAAGAAAAACUCCCCAAGAACUGCACUGCUGGCAUGCUGCAUCCGUGCCCUUGAAACAAUGAGUUUGGUGGGCUGUUGUGUUUGUGGACACAAUAACAGCUUUGGUCAUUGAGCAACCUUGAGUCUUUGCAGCCCAUGGGCUGUUGUAUGUACCCGUGGUGGGUAUGGUUGAGCAUGAAGCUGGGAACCAGCUGCUGGGCUCUUCCUGCAGUGCCAUUAGGGAGCAGGAGAGUGUUUGUUAGUGGUGGGCUAAGGACCAGCCACCUCCCUUUGUAGUUCUUGGUUGGGUUUUUAAAUAGAUUCAUGUCCUCUGAAAAAAAUAUACCGGUGUUUGGCAUUUUUUAAAUAAGGAUUUGGUUAUAAUGACUAUGCUGCAACGAUCUUACAUAAUCAAGUACUCAAUAAAUGUGUGUUUACUCAG